AAUUAAUCUUUAAUUGCAACAUUUGCUUCAUAAAGGGCCCAAACAAAUUCUUCAUUACAUAUAUCUCCUUCCCCUCUCUCCUUUCACCCCCAAAAAAAUGGCAGCAAUCUUUCCCUCAAUCCCCUCCAAUUUCAAACCACCUCAAAUCUCCCAAACCCUAACUCGCCUGCGGCGACCCAACCGAACCCUUUGCACCGCCACCUCCGAUCAAUCCUAUCUCUCCGCAUCGAACGCCGACAUAUCUUCCCAUCUCCUCCGUAGCCUCCCGGUCACCAUUCACCCCUCCGUCAAAGCCCCAAUCCACAGCCUCCUCUCUUCCCCCAUUCCUCCGACCAUCGCCCCUCCCCUCUGCCUCGCCGCCACCGAACUCGUCGGCGGAAACCCGAACUCCGCCAUCAACGCCGCCUGCGCGCUCCACCUCAUCCACGCCGUCACCCACACCCGCACCCGCACCGCCCCUCCCCUCACUGAAUUCUCCCCCGGAGUACUGCUGUUGACCGGAGACGGGCUUCUGGUUCUAGCGUACGAAAUGGUGGCUCGAUCGUCGGCGGUUGAUGCAGGCCCCUCCGUUAGGGUGCUGAAGGAGGUGGCGAGAACGGCGGCUGCCGUCGCGGCGGCGUAUGAGGGGGGCAGGGAGGGGGAGCUGGCGGCCGGUGCGGCGGCGUGCGGGGUUAUAUUGGGAGGAGGGAAUGAGGAAGAGGUGGAGAGGGGGAGGAGGGUAGGGAUGUUUGCCGGAAAGAUGGAACUGGUGGAGGCGGAGGUGGAGUUGCGGCUAGGGUUUGAAGAUGAGAAGGCCGGUGCGGUUAGGCGGCUGCUUGAAGAGAUGCGUUUCACUCAAACUUUUGUUGAUGUAAGAAAUUCUUUUAAUGGGAAAUAA